AACUUUAAAGAGACGUAAAUGUCAACCCCAGGCACACUAAUAAUUUAGGAAUAAUAACAAAUAAUACUAUCAUACAAGUUACUAGUUGUGUCUUUAAUACUUCAUUGAGUUAUGAAAUUAAAAUUUAAACAACGCCUUAAUAAAAGUGAGUAAAAGAUAAGUUCAUUGGAAUAACAUUUUUAACCUGUUAUAUUUCCCAUCCUAUUCAAUCUUACUUUUGGUAUAUUGGUGCUAUUAUAAUUCAAUUAAAACUUCUAUUAUAAAAUAAAAAAAUACUUACCAUGGAUAAAGAAAAACCAGGUGCAUCUCGUGAAAAUACAGAAGAAAUGGAUGUGGAAAAAGAUUUGACUAAUAAAUUUUUGAGUGGUGAAAUGUCUUUUGCGGAAUACUCUAGUGAAUGGUGCGAUGGGGAGGACGAAGAAGAUUCUGAAGAGUUUAAAAGAAAUGAUGAAGAUGUGGCACAAUCUGUACAAUUAAUAGAAAAAAGUAACUUUAGACGACGAAGGCGUACCCGCCUAUCUCCAGCCUUAAUGGGUUUGAUGGGUGAAGCAAACUUAAGGUUUGCACGUGGUGACAUUGAAAUGGCAGAACGUAUGUGCCACGAAAUUAUAAAACAAUUACCAACAGCUGCAGAACCAUACCAAACAUUGGCACAGAUAUAUGAACAUGAUAUAGAGAAGUCAUUACAGUUUUCACUGUUAGCUGCUCAUUUAAGUAGUUCAGAUGCAGAACAUUGGUGGAGACUUGCGGGAUUAUGUAAACAGAUAAAUGAUGUAAAACAAGAAAUGAUUUGUUACUCUCAGGCUGUAAAAUCUGAACCACAAAAUUUAGAGGCACAUAUGAAAAGGCUUGAAUAUUUAACAAAAUUAGAAGAAAAUAAAUAUCCUGUUAAUACUUUAAAUAUAACACGAGUUAAAUGUUAUCACAAAAUAGUUGUAUCUUUACCAUCAAGUGAAGGGGAAAUAAUAAUGAAAUAUGCAAAAAUGGCUGCUACAAUGUAUCAUAGUACAUCAGAGACAGAAAAAGCGGUUGAAGUAAUGGCUGCUGCAUAUAAAAAAUGUCCAUCAUUAUUUACUUUGGAAGAUAUAAAUAUAUUACUUGAAUUAUUAAUUUUACAAAAACAAUACCAAUCAUGCAUAGACAUUUUUGUUUCAAACAUAGGUGUUGAAAUUGAAGCAGAAAUACAAACAGUUAAAAAUAGUAAUGAAGAAAUAGAAGAACACACUAAUUAUUUAAAUUGUGUUAUACCUGACAAUAUGGCUGUAGAUUUAAAAAGUAAAUUGUUAGUUUGCUUCAUUCACUUGGGUGCUUUUACUCUCGUAAAGAAUUUAUUAAAUGAUUUCUUGAGCAGUGACGUUGAAAAAGCUGGAGACCUUUAUAUGGAUAUAGAAGAAGCAUUUUCAUCAGUUGGCCAUUAUGAGAUGGCUAUAAAGUUAUUGGAGCCUCUGGUAACAAAUACAAAUUUUGAUUUAGGAGCAGUUUGGCUUAAAUAUGCAGAGUGCUUACAAAAACUUGGUAGAGAGGAUGAUGCUAUACAGGCAUACUAUAAAGUAUUGAAACAUGUACCACAGCAUCCAGAUGCUUGCAGAAAACUUUUCACUAUUUUAAAAAUGAGGGGAGAUAUUGGAGAAGCUUUAAAAAUUCUACAGCAAGACUAUAAAUAUGUUGUCAGUGCUAGUUUAUUAUAUGAACAAUGUCAGAUAUUAAAGAAUCAAAAUAAUUUAUUAAAGUAUUUAGAAGAUGCUACGUUCUUUCCAAUUCUGAGGCUUCUAUUACCACAAUGUGAAAGAGAGAGAAAUCCAUAUAAUUUAAAGGAAAAAAAACUAGGAAGUUUACUUGUGAAAGUAUUGUCACUUAACCCAAAAUCAAUAGACGCUCAGAAAUUAAUAAAUUUCAGUUCUGUUCAUAGUUCUACUCAAGAGAGCGAUUUUGCAUGGGUAGCAUAUUUUGUUUUAAAAAAUAGAUUUGUUCAGAAGUCGUCAAUUUUAUCGAUAACCGAUAUUAACGAAAUGCUCGAUAAUAUUGCAAAGGCUGAUGUCGAAAAUAAAGGAAUACUUCUAGAUGAAGUGUUUAGUUAUGCAAUAAGGAAGCUAACAGCACAGGAAUUUAAAUGGUUUUUGCGUAUUAUACUGAAAAAUUUGAAACUGGAAAUGAGCGAAAACCGAAUACUGGGAACGUUUCAUCCACACGCAACAGAACUUUACCAAACCUGUAGCAGUUUAUAUGAGGUUUGUGAAAAACUAAAGACCAGUAAUAUUCUCUCUGGAACCGAGAGUUCUGAUGAAGCGGUUGUCAAAUUAUUCUUAGCAGUGAAGCCAAUGCUAUCUGAACGACUGGACGUAACCAAUAUCCAUCAACUACCUACCAGUAUUACAUAUCAUAUAGAAGAUAAAUUUGACGGGGAGAGGUUUCAGAUGCAUAUGGAAAACGGUAAAUUUGAAUAUUUUUCAAGAAAUGGACGCAAGUAUACGAAAAAAUACGGAAGCACUUAUGAUUCUGGUUCACUGACACCAGAUUUGAAGGAUUGCUUUUCGACGGAUGUUCAUAAUUUUAUAAUUGAUGGUGAAAUGAUGGGUUGGCACAAAAGAGACCAAUGUUUUGGUUGCAAAGGAAUGUCAUAUGACAUAAAAACGAUUACUGAAAAUUCAUCAUACCGCCCUUGUUAUUGUGUCUUUGAUAUUAUAUACUACAACGGAAAAUCGCUCAUUUGCGAUCCCGAAAAGGGCGGUUUGCCACUAAAAGAGAGACUCAAUAUAUUGGAUACGCUAUUCACAGAUGUGCCAGGCGUUAUACAACAUAGCAAACGAAGUAUUGUCAAAGAUAGUACAGACGUUUUAAACGCUUUGAACGCGGCUAUCGACAACCAGGACGAAGGCAUUGUAGUAAAAGAUGUGAAUUCAUAUUACAAGCCAAACAAACGUAACGAGGGCUGGUACAAAAUCAAACCGGAGUACACCGAUGACACUAUGGUGGACUUAGACUUUGUGGUCAUUGGUGCAGACGAAGCUGAAAAUAAACGACAAGGCCGCGCUAAGAGUUUUCACGUUGCGUGUAUUGAUGUUAAACCUGGCGGGGCGCGCUGGGUGUGCGUGGGGCGCGUGGCGGGCGGGCUGGCGCGCGCCGAGCGCGAGCGCGUGUGCGCGGCGCUGCAGCCGCACUGGCGCGCCUCGCGCCGCGCGCCGCCGCCGCCCUGCCUGCACUUCAACAAGGAGACGCCGGACUUCUGGGUCUUGCCGGAGCACUCCAUCGUCUUUCAGGUGCGAGCCACGGAGCUGAUCCGCAGCUCGAGUUUCGGCGCGCCCUACACGCUGCGAUUUCCACGCGUCAUGUGCGUGCGCACAGACAAGCUCGUUAGCGACGUUAUGACGUUGCAGGAGUUCAACCAGUUAGUAUCCACGAGGAGUCCAGUGAUUAAAUUGAGCAGAAAACGCGUUAACGAGACGCAACUGAACCAAAUGCAGCCGAUGACGCUCCGCAGGCGGGUGGCGAAUUUGCCACAAGUGUCUGAAAGGUUUCGAACGAAAACGACUGGCGAUGUACAAGUCGUAUCUAAGGCGCUCCUGGAUAGAAAACUCUGCGUGAUUUCCGAUGAAGAGGACUGCAAGAAAGUGGAUUUAGUAAAACUUAUUGAGUCACACGGUGGAAAACAUGUUGAAAACCCGGGUCCAGACACUUGGUGUUGCGUAGUCGGAAGAAUGACACCAUUGGCCAAGAAACGCAUCGAAAUUCAGGAACUAGAUAUUGUAACGGCUUCCUGGCUCCGUUCGCUUCCUCCAUCAGACACUCUAUGCUCCUUAACCCCUUUAAACAUGCUGUCCAUGAAGAGAGAAACGAGGUGGCAGUUGAGCUUAGAUUACGAUUCAUUUGGAGAUAGUUUUAAAGACGAAAUAGAUGAAAACGUUUUAAAUAAAUGUCUUCAAAACAUGCAACAAUCAAUAUAUCCAACAACAAAAGAGAAAUUGAAACUGGACGAGCAGUUAUUUGGUGACAAUAAUCCGUUCUCUUUUCUUAGAAGUUGCACCAUACACAUUGCAAAGAGCCCCUUGCAUAGGCUACUGGCUAAAAUGUAUGGGGCUAGUGUCAGCGAUGAUUUUGCUUCUUUGACACAUUUCGUCAUACCGCGUGACACGUCGUCUGAAGAUGUACAAAAUUUCAAGAAUGAUUUAAACGUCAAAAUUGUUUCUGACGAAUGGUUAGAAGCAUGCUUCCAGGAAAAAAGGCUUGUAAAUGAUUUGGACUAUAUAAUGUAAAAUUAAAAAGUAAAUUAAUAGCCUGUAAAUGUUCCACUGGGCUAAUAGAAUA